CGGCUGCUCCGAGAUGCCUCUCCGUUUUCAUCAGUCUUUCCAGAAACUCGAGACCGCGAAGACGUUCGUUUCUCCGGCAAAAAUAUAUUAUAGCAUUUGCGGAAAAUAUGCCGGAGUGAUUGGUGAUGAAAAGGAUUUCAAGGAACCGCGCGUGGAUGUGGGAAAAUGUUCGGAUUUCUGUCACCUAAAAUAUAUUCCGUACUUGCUCUGCAAGGACGAAGACGAUAAGCUCGUAAAGAAUCCCUGGGAAACCUGUCAUAGCGGACAUUGUGAUAAGGAUAAAAUUAAACUUAAAUACGUCACAAAGGACGGGACUAAAAAGCGUGAAAAUUUUGUACCAAAAACACAAGUUGGCGAAUCAGCAUAUUUCAAAUAUCUGUGCUUGGAUCAGAGGGGUCUGCCGCAGAAGUUGAAAUGUGAAUUUCGGGAUGGCGAUCGUAAAUGGGAGGAUGAGGACGAUAUUAGGUGCUAUGAGCCCCAGGAGUUGAGCUCUCAUCUCAACCAACUGGUUUCGGACAAACCGCCGGAUAUGAUACCCCAGCUGAACGAAAUUCUCAAUCAAUCCAACGUAACCCUCAAAGCCGUUGAUAUUUCGAGUAUUGCCGAAAUUAUAAAAAAUUCAUUCGAUAUACCCGAUAAAAAGGCCUCCAUGGCAACACAUCUCAUUGGCAUUAGUUUGAAGGUUAUGGAAACCGAAAAAGAAACCCUUCGCUUGUCCGCCGAACUCAACGCCACAAAUACCCUCCUGAUAAACUUUGAGGAGAAUCUGAAUGCCUUGGCCCCUCAACUUUUAUCCGAGAUUCGGGAAUUGGAUCCCAGUCCAUCCUCCAAUAACGUCAUCAAGUCUGAUAUCUUUUGGGAAGUAGGAGUAAAGGCUCUUAUCAGCAGCAAUCUAAGUGUAUUCUUCGUGAAUCCCGACAUUGCCAAUGUCACUGGCAUUUCCAUGCACUGGAAUAGCUUGGGUAGCCAGUGGAGCUAUAACGUUAUAUAUUCAUCAAACCAGACGGAAAAUAUUAGAAAUCUUGAGAAUCUGGAGACUGCAGCAUUUUUGCCCGAUAAGCUCUGGCGAGAGGUGAAGAGAAAGGGGGCAAAAUAUCUAAUCUUCAAGGUCUACAAACAAGAUGUUCUUUUUGUGGAAACGGAGGAGGAACCCCAAAGGCGACCCACCAGCGUCGUUAUCUCCAUAACCAUAUCUGGAUGGCAGGAACACAAUUUACCCGAGAAGCUGCCUGUUUUCUUACGAAAUGGCAACACAGACCCCCACCUCUCGGAGGGUGGAUGUGGCUAUUGGAACUAUGCAACAUGGCUCAGUGACGGAGUUUCAACAAUUGGCGGUGCCAGCUCGAACUUCUUCGACAAUUCCGUGAUCCUUUGCUUUGCGGAUCAUCUCACCCAGUUCACAUUUCUUUUGGGAGCUGCCGCGUCUAAAACGGAUACGCCACCCAUUCACGACUAUAUUUUGGAUAUUUUAACCAACGUUGGACUGUUCUUGUCCCUCGGCGGGAUCUUCUUUAUUUUCCUCACGGCAAUUGUGUUCAAGAACUUUCGAGGAAUGGCCUCCACGAAGAUACUACUUAAUUUCUGCCUAGCCUUGGCCAUCCAGUUGAUUGUCUUCAUGGUUGUGAGUAAUGUCAAGAUCCUCGACCAAGUUAAGCUCAAGGACCGUUUCAAUAUUGAUGAGUGCCUUUUCAUGGGAGCCCUAAUGCAGUACCUCCUACUGGUGGUCUUCACCUGGAUGCUGAUCAUCGCCUUCCUGCAGUACAAGAGAUACGUCACUGUGUUGGGGGUUUCCCACCCAGAACAUUACAUUCUAAUGUCAGCCAUUUUCGCCUGGACACUGCCGCUGGUGCCCACUCUCUUGGUGGUGUUCCUGGAUCCCCAAUCGUACGUUCCCAAGGAUCCUACCCAGGAGCUUCCCAUCAUUUGCUAUCCCUCUGGGCGGAGUCUGGCCCUGGGUGUGAUUCUUCCCAUUGGACUGAUAACUUUGGCCAACACUCUGAUAGUCGGCUUUAUUUUUUGGAGAGUUUACACAACCCUGAUUCAACGUAAGAUGUUUGUGGUGCAGCUGCGUCUCUUCUCCCUGCAAUUCUUCCUGCUCGGCAUCUCCUGGAUCUUUGGACUGUGUACGGUUCUCGGUUUCGGCAUAGUUUUCUCCUACCUCUUCUGCAUUACGGCUACAAUGCAGGGAUUUAUAUUGUUCCUCUACUUCGUAGCCUUCAACAAGGAUAACCAAAUAGCCUGGAUGCGACUGUGCUGCCUGAGGAGUAGGGCGAGCGGCAAGAGCAGGAGCGAGCAGGACACCUCAGACUUACAAAUGGAUUCCAUGCCUCAUGGAAGUCAAAAUACUUUAUCCUCGGUUUUACGUAAAUAAUUCAAAUAAUUUAGUUAAGUUUACAAGAAGUUUGGAGUUUUCCUAAAGAGGUUAUUGGCAACAAUGAGUAAUUUAAGCUAAAUUCAUUUUUCGCUUAUUAAUUUAAAUUGUUCAUCAAUCUGACUAAAAUUUAAGCUUAAGCCAGUUAUCAAAGACUUAGUAUGUAAUGAAAUAUCUUUAAUAAAAAAAAUUAUUUAUUCAAAUGCAA